AUUUACUCGGUGCUGGUUAGCCAGGAGGCUACCAGCAACAGGAAGGCGGUGACACCUGGUUAGUGAGUCAUCUGCCCCCUUCCCAGGAUGGGCAGUUGGAACCACUAAAUGAGGGUUUUCUUUCCAGAAUCUCCGACCUGCUGCUCUGUCGCUGGACAUGCCGGCACUGCUGUCAGAAAUGCUAUGAGUCCAGCUGUUGCCAAUCGAAUGAGGAUGAGGUGGAGAUCUUGGGACCGUUCCCUGCCCAGACGCCUCCCUGGAUGAUGGCCAGCCGGAGCAGUGACAAGGAUGGAGAUUCCAUCCACACAACAAGUGAUGUCCCUCUGACUUCCCGGACCAGCUCCCCAGACCAGCGAUGCUCAUCCUCAGAUACCUCCAGAUCUACCUACAGCUUGACCCGGAGGAUUUCCAGUCUGGACUCACGGCGUCCCAGCUCCCCACUCAUUGACAUUAAACCCAUCGAGUUCGGCGUGCUGGGCACCAAGAAGGAGCCCGUUCAGCCCUCAGUACUCCGGCGGACCUACGUGCCCCCUGACGACUAUUUCCGCAAGUUCGAGCCACGCCUGUACUGCGUGGACCCCAGCGCCGACGACGUGGACUACCUGACGGACGAAGAGAUCCUGUCCAAGUACCAGCUGGGGAUGCUGCACUUCAGCACGCAGUACGACCUGCUGCAUAACCACCUGACGGUGCGCGUGAUCGAGGCCCGGGACCUGCCGCCCCCGCUGGCCCACGACGGCGCGCGCCAGGACCUGGCACACUCCAACCCCUACGUGAAGAUCUGCCUGCUGCCCGACCAGAAGAACUCCAAGCAGACGGGCGUCAAGCGCAAGACGCAGCGGCCCGUGUUCGAGGAGCGCUACACCUUCGACAUCCCCUUUCUCGAGGCUCAGCGGCGGACCCUGCUCCUGACCGUGCUGGAUUUUGAUAAGUUCUCGCGCCACUGUGUCAUCGGCAAGGUGUCCGUGCCGCUGUGCGAGGUGGACCUGGUGAAGGGUGGCCACUGGUGGAAGGCGCUGGUGCCCAGCUCGCAGAAUGAGGUAGAGCUGGGGGAGCUGCUGUUGUCCCUCAAUUAUCUCCCCAGCGCCGGGAGACUGAAUGUUGACGUCAUUCGAGCCAAGCAGCUUCUGCAAACCGAUGUGAGCCAAGGUUCAGACCCCUUUGUGAAAAUCCAGCUGGUACAUGGACUCAAACUUGUGAAAACGAAGAAGACGUCCUUCUUAAGAGGCACAAUCGAUCCUUUCUACAAUGAAUCCUUCAGCUUCAAAGUUCCCCAAGAAGAACUAGAAAAUGCCAGCCUCGUGUUUACAGUGUUCGGUCACAACAUGAAGAGUAGCAAUGACUUCAUCGGCCGGAUUGUCAUUGGCCAGUACUCCUCGGGACCCUCUGAAUCCAACCACUGGCGCCGGAUGCUGGGCACCCACCGCACCGCCGUGGAGCAGUGGCACAGUCUGCGGUCCCGAGCCGAGUGCGACCGUGUGUCACCUGCCUCACUGGAGGUGACCUGAGGACCAGGGGCACCACCGCUUCAAUUUGUAAGCCAAAAGGAAGACAUUUUGAGAUGGAAAAAUAUGUGUCAAGAACUUAUCACCUACACACACACACAGACACACACACACAGACACACACAGACACACACACACACACACAAACACACACUUCCUUCCCUAGAUCCUCUCAGAAUGGAGAAGACACCAACUACUGAUCACACAAUGGCCACAUCAAGGAAAGAGACAAGAACUUUCCAGAAGCCCCCCUCAUAGGUUCUAAGCCAAGUGGGCCCCACUGUGAAACUACUUGGCAGUGUUUGCCCUUGUGAAUCUCUACCCCUGACCACCACCACAUGCAUUCACCUCAAUCCUCAGUCCAGAGACAGACUUAUUCCAAACUUCAUGGAGGUGGCCAUUAAUCAAGAGUUUGGCUAGUGUGAGGGGAAACCCCACCCUCUCUUCCUCACUGGUAACUUCUCAAUAGACUGCUGUUUCCUGAAGUCCUUGGACCUGAAACUUCU